AGGUGCAGAAAACGUUUAGUAUUUGCACACAAACACAGUUCACCGAAGAGGAAGCUACUUGCACUGAUAUAAGUCUGAGUUGCAAGUUUCUGGGUCGCCGUAGGUAAUGACAACCGGCUAGGCAGUUCUAUAGGUAAUUUUUGGCUCAAAAAUGUCCACACCGAAUAAAGCCAAAAGCACAGUCGAUGAUAAGUCUUUGGGACGACCAGCAGCAAGGACAAGCUCGACAAGCCAGGAAGGAAACUAUCCCUCAGAAUGGAAGCAACGGUCCAAAUCACGGCCUAGCUCAACUAGUAACGAUGAGAAGUAUCCGACAGCGUGGAAGCAGAACAUGAAAAACGCUCUCCAGGCGAACAGCUCGCCUCGCAAAGUCCACUCUGAGGGCAGCAUAGAUGUUACUCAGACCUCGUGGCAGGGCAGCAGCCAGAAAGGUUCAAUUUCCGAGCAUAAUAAGCGAAUCAUUAAAUCGGUAAGUGAAACACUUCUCGAGACCAGCGAGUCGGAGGACCCUACGCUGGCAGCUGUUGCGUCCACAACGGACAGCAUAAACGCAACAUCUACGGUUCUCUCCCUGCCCUCUGCGAGUCGAACGAGCAGCAUCAGCACCAUUGGCAGUGCGCAGCUUAGCUCCGAACACUUGACGCUGUUGUCGGGGUCGCAAACCUCGGGCUACACCACCGAGAGCCGAUAUGAGUCCGUUGCCAGCAGCUAUACGAUCAGCUCUGGUUCUUCGAAUAGCGCUUUGGGAAUAUAUGGCACCGGCUAUAAUUGGAUUCCACAGCCCCGGAUGACGCCCCAUAAUUUUUUACGUGAAAUUCAUGUGGGCGUCGAUGUGGCAGCCUCAAAUCAGGAAAUCCAACAAAUACGUAGCGAUCUGCAGGGCCUCCUCGCCAACGAGAUUUCGAUGAUGAGGCAAACUGGCGGUGGCAGACCAGCUAUAUAUGUGAUAGCCUACCACUUUAUGUAGACCAAGUGAAAUUAAUUACACGGCACCAAUAAAAUUCUAAAUUUCUCAUGUUAA